AUGACUAGCCCUGUCACUACUAUGGAAUCAUCCCCGGUCCCUAGGAUUCCGCCUCAGUCUGACGAGAUGAUCGAAUACGAGUCUAUGGAAAUGGUCAUACCGCACGUUGAGGACGUUCAGAAGUACAACAAGGGCGGUUUUCACCCAGUACAUCUAGAUGAUGUCCUCAAUGGGCGAUUUGAAGUUGUCCACAAGCUUGGCCAGGGUGGAUUUGGCACUGUCUGGCUCUGCCGCGACUUAAACCUGAAAAAAUGGAGAGCAGUGAAGAUAAUUGCUGCCGAUCAUUCAUCGAAGGGUACCGAGGAAGAGAUAUUUAACCAUCUCCGAUCAACGUCCUACGACGGAGAGAUAGAGGAAAACCAUAUCGUUACGCCAUUGGAGCAGUUUUGGAUAGAAGGGCCCAACGGCCGUCACUCCUGCCUCGUUUUACCUGUCCUUGGGUUGGAUGUAGAAGGUUGGCGCCUGUAUCAAUGUGACUACGAGGAUGAAACCGGCCUCCGCGUUAAAAACAUAUGCCGACAGAUCGUUGAAGCCUUGAACUUUCUUCACAACAAUGGGAUAUGCCAUGGUGACUUCAGACUGCAAAAUAUUCUCCUUGAGAUCGAGGGCAUUGACGAUUUGGAUAGAGAACAAAUCUACGAACUGAUGGGUGUGCCAGAGUUAAUAGAAAUGACGACGGUCUCGGGCGAACCAUUAACGUUUAGGGCUCCGGAAUACAUCGUAUCACCUGCAAUCCACGGUUGGUCGAAGAAACUUGUAACAGAUUCCGUUGCAAUCAUUGACUUUGGCGAGUCCUUCUUUUCCCACAAUCCCCCGGAAUCAACGGGUAUUCCAUCUGUAUACGCCGCUCCCGAAAUCCUGUUCCUUGGUACUGGCGUACCGGGAUUUCCGAGCGAUGUAUGGUCAUUAGCGUGUACGCUUUUUGAACUCCGGCGAUCAGCACCGCUUUUCUCAUCGUUCUCCGACGCUAGCAUUAGGGGGACGAUUUGUGAGAUGCAGCAGUACCUGGGUCCGUUGCCCGAAAAAUACCGAGACGUUUACAGUCAUAUGCUUAGAUCCGUUCCACGAGUAAAGUUAGACGAAAAUGGUGAAUAUCAGCGAGUUCCUCCGGAGCCUCCGAAGCCGCUGACCGAAGAGGAGCGUCAAAAGAUAAAGGAGUCAGGAGAAGAGGAAGCUGAGAGACAACGGCAAUUUAUUGCGAAAACCGGCUACUCCGACAUGUUUGAGGCCAUUCUAGGAAAUGAGAAGACAAGGUAUCGCAAAAUUGACGCACCUAAACGGGAACAGAUUAAAUACAAAUAUCCUCGGGAAGACGUACUAGGGUUAUCCGACCUUUUACGUGGGAUGCUUAAAUACGAACCUGCCGAUCGCAUUACCAUGGCACAUGUCCUUCAACACAGUUGGUUUGACGAAGCAUACGUACAAGCCGCCCCUACAGACCCAGAAUCUCGGGCUAGCCUUCGCUGUCCACCUACACUCAUUACACUCGCAUACGUCGUGGUCAUGACUGUAUGGGCCAUCGCCUAUGCGGUGGGUAAAAGGACGGAGGUCCUUCUAACAAAGAUGGCUGAUGUGGUAUUAAGACCUGCACCAAGAUAAUCAGGGACAUUGCAGCGUGUCAUUCAAUCUAUACUUAGUAAAACGCACACAGG